GUUGAGGGUCGGAGUCGCGCGCGGGACAGCGAGCAGCAUCUCACAGGAGGACACCGGCCCGCGAGCCCUUAAAUCUCACGAGACGGGACCACCGGGACCCCCCCACCCUCACCGCCUGAAACCAUGACGACUCGGACUGCGCGCGCUUAACAUGUGCGCGAAUGCCUCCGAUGCGCUCGCGCCGCCGCAGUCGCCGCUGCUGCAGCCCGUGUGGGACGCUCUGCGCGCGCGCCCCGCGCUUCUCCUGUCCCCGGUGGCGGCCGCGUGCGCCGCGCUCUGCGCGCACCUCUGCUUCUCCGCCCCGUUCCUGCUGCUCGAGCUGCUGCGCGUGCACCGGUACCGGAUCGGGGGCGAAGCGCGAGCCGCGGACCCCCGCCGGUGGCUGCGCUGCCUCGCGCGGAUCGCAGGCAAAUACGCGGUGGCGGUGCUGCCUUUGGCCGUGCUCGUGCAGCAGCUGGAUCGCGGGAGCGCCGGGGAGAACCGCGAGGCACCGCCGCUGUUCCGCGCGCUCUCGGACUGCUUCACGUGCCUGCUGGUGUUCGACACGCUGUUCUUCGCCGCGCACUACACCCUCCACAGGAACCCGUGGCUGUUCCAGAAGUUCCACCGCUCGCACCACGUGCACCGGGACACUUUCGCGCUGGCGGCGCAGGACUCCAGCAUCGAGGAGCUGCUGUUCCAGCAGGUUCUGGCGUUCUCCAGCGCCAGGCUGGUGGGCUGCCACCCCAUGAGCGAGAUCCUGUUUCACCUGCUGAAUGUCUGGCUGGCGGUGGAGGACCACUGCGGCUACGACUUCCCGUGGGCGGCGCACCGGCUGCUGCCCUGCUUUGGAGGCCCGCCCUUCCACCACGCCCAUCACCAGCACUUCCGGGGGAACUACGCACCGUACUUCAGACACUGGGACCUGAUCUUUGGGACCUCGCUGCCCAACUGCAUGGAGGAAUCCGAGACUGGAGGUCCUGCUCACUGAGAACCUGGCAGCUGAUCAAUCGGACGAGUUCUGGAAAGAACUGGAGAUUCCUGAAGAUUACUGCAGCAGACAUGCUUUAAUUUUUCAUUAGUUUGGGAUUUUGUGGCCCGAAAUGCUGCAUUUCAUACCUGGAACAGGUAGGACUAAAGGGCUUAAAGUAGUGAAGCAUAUCCAAAAGUGUUUGGACGCCUGUUGGAUUAGAGUUUCUACUGAGUUUCUACUGAAAUCCAAACCAAAUCAAGAGCAGAAUAUUUUGCUCUUUAUCGGCUCAUAACUUCAACAGAAAACUGUAUUUACACAACUUUGCAGAGCUCGUUGCAUUGCUCGUUGCUAUCUUGCACCCCGUCAACAGUGAGGUGUGUUCAGGUCAAUUCUUGGCAUGUUUCUAUCUUGGCAACAAGAAACAAAGGUGCACAACUGACUGAUUAAAACCAUGACAACAGUCAACAGUCAGCUGCCCAAUUCUUCAAUCUUAACCAAACAGGAGCUCACUAAACACUUGCUGCAGAGCACAAACUUGUCUUUUAACUAAACAAUAAAACAUUACGCCAAAAAUUAACCACACUUAUAAUUAAUUAAGAUAAUUAGUACAUGUAUUUUUAAAAAAUGUGUGCUAUUUUUUACCUCUUCAAAUAUUUAUUCAACUUAACCAACCAGUCUAUGAUGCUCUGUAGACACUUUGGUAAGAGGGUACCACUUUAAAAUAAGGCUAACUUUAUAAAGGGUUUAUACAUGGUUUACAAUUAGUUUAUUAAUGGUUACUAAUUAGGUUGUAAAUGCCUUAAAAAUCAUUAAUAAUCAGUUAUAACACAUACGUAGAAAGGGCAACAAUGACCUGUUGUUUGCCAAAUAGUGAACCCACAGCCAUCUAUAUUGUUGCCCUUUCUAUGUAUGUGUUAUAACUGAUUAUUAAUGAUUUGUAAGGCAUUUACAACCUAAUUAGUAACCAUUAAUGAUAGAUAGAUAGAUAGAUAGAUAGAUAGAUAGAUAGAUAGAUAGAUAGAUAGAUAGAUAGAUAGUCAGUCAGUCAGUCAGUCAGUCAGUCAGUCAGUCAGUCACUCAGUCAGUCACUCAGUCAGUCACUCAGUCAGUCAGUCAGUCACUCUGUCAGUCACUCAGUCAGUCAGUCAGUCACUCUGUCAGUCACUCAGUCAGUCACUCAGUCACUCUUUCAGUCAGUCACUCAGUCACUCUGUCAGUCACUCAGUCAGUCAGUCAGUCACUCUGUCAGUCACUCUGUCAGUCACUCAGUCACUCUUUCAGUCAGUCACUCAGUCACUCUGUCAGUCACUCAGUCAGUCACUCAGUCACUCUUUCAGUCAGUCACUCAGUCACUCUGUCAGUUCAGUGUUUUGUCAUCUUGGCAAGAGUAUCGUUAUCGCGAAAAUACCAUGAAAUAUCGUGAUAUUGUUGUAGAGCCCUAUCGCCCAGCCCUAAUAGAUAGAUACUUUAUUGAUCCCCGAGGGGAAAUUCUAGAAAAUAAAGUAAUUGUAAACCAUUUAUAAACCCUUUAAAAAAAAAUAAAUGUAAAAUCAGCCUAGUACUUACUGCUUGGUCAGAACUUUCGUCAUGUUUAUGUAUUUUCUGGUCUGGAUCGAGUACAAAUAACGAAUAAUCAGAGCUAAUCUCCAGAACUAUUUGUUCCAAUUUGUUGGAAAUGUGAAGGAUUUAGUGAUAAAAUACGUUAACCUGAUUUUUAAUGUUGGGACUUUACAUUCUAAUCAUUCAGCUCAAUGAAGGCAGUCUGAGACGCUUGCUCUGGAAACAGAAGGGUGGGCAAUGAGUAGGCGAUUCUGGCUCUGGUUGCAAAUUUGACAACAUGGUGAACAGUUUUUGGUUUUGAUUUCUAUAAAACGAAAGUGAACGGAGCCACGGCAUCCAUGUUUAUUUACAGUCAUUGUGUUCAGUUCAGUUGGUCGGUGCUUUUCUAUGGAAAUGACUUUGGAAAUGAUGUAAUAUAAAGGAAUGGUGCACAUAAACGCAGCCAUAGAUACCUUUGGACAUAUACAUCUCUGAAAAAACAAUAAGAGAGCACUUAAAAAUGAUGAGUUUCUUUGAUUUUAGCAAAUUAAAAACCUCUGGAAUAUAAUCAAGAGGAAGAUGGAUGAUCACAAACCAUCAAACCACCAAACUGAACUGCUUAAAGUUAUCCAAAAGCAGUGUGUAAGACUGGUGGAGGAGAACAUGAUGCCAAGAUGCAUAAUAAGAACUGAAUUUCUGAACUCUAAAAACUUUAUGAAUAUGAACUUGUUUUCUUUGUAUUAUUUGAGGUCUGAAAGUUCUGCAUCUUUUUUGUUAUUUCAGUCAUUUCUCAUUUUCUGUAAAUAAAUGCUCUAAAUGAGAAUAUUUUUAUUUGGAAUUUGGGAGAAAUGUUGUCUGUAGUUUAUAGAAUAAAACAACAAUGUUCAUUUUACUCAAACAUAAACCUAUAAAUAGCAAAAUCAGAGAAACUGAUUCAGAAACUGAAGUGCUCUCUUCAUUUUUUUACAGAGCUGUAUGUGUGAUUUAGUGAAUUUGGAAAUAUUACAGUACUUUUUGGUGGUAAAAGCCUUGGAAGACCCUAAUAACAGAGUGUUUUUGUCUACUUAUAUGUUAUAAGUCUUUAAUGCCGAGAGAAAAACACCAAUUUCUGCUUUUUAAUUCAUGUUUUUUCAUUCAGUAAUGUGAUUUAAACAUGUGUUUUUUUUAAUGCAGUUGUGUGUAGUUGUGUCUUGUGUGUUAAAAAUGUGCGUGAUCUAACGAAGUUAAAAAUGUGUCUAAAUUUGUAUUGUGUUUAUUGUAAAUAACUCCUGAAACUAGUAAACCAAUGAACAGCUAUGUACUUUGCACUUUAGUGGCCUUUUAAUGUUGCACAGGGUUUAAGAGUAGAGUUGUUUUAAAUACCAGUAUAUUCAUUUUGAUACGUAUUUUUUAAUUUUUUUUAAUUUGAAGUAAAAUCUGUUUUAAGUUUUAAGUUUACGUUUUAGUUCAGUUGCCAAACAACACAACAGCAUAAAUAGUGUAGAUGUUCUGUCUGACUGCAGUUACUGUCUAAUUCGUUCUCUUUCUAAUGAAUGUCUUUUUAUUUUUUUAUGUUUUAAAUAAAGAUUUUAAAUGGUUAA